CCGUCUCCAUGGGAACGAAGGUAGCCAACCGGCGCGGUGACUUCCGCUCCGCCCAGACUACGGCGCGGGCUCGAGCGGCGCCUGAGUGGGCCCCGGGGAGAGAUGCUGAAGGCGAAGAUCCUCUUUGUGGGGCCCUGCGAGAGUGGAAAAACCGUGUUGGCCAACUUUCUGACAGAAUCUUCUGACAUCACUGAAUACAACCCAACCCAAGGAGUGAGGAUCCUGGAAUUCGAGAACCCACAAGUUACCAGCAACAACAAAGGCACGGGGUGUGAAAUUGAGCUCUGGGAUUGUGGCGGCGAUCCAAAGUUCGAGUCUUGCUGGCCAGCCCUGAUGAAGGACUCUCACGGAGUGGUGAUCGUCUUCAACGCCGACAUCCCAAGUCACCUGAAGGAAAUUGAGACGUGGUAUUCCUGCUUCGUCCAGCAGCAGUUCCUACAGAAUACUCAGUGUCUGUUAAUUGCACACCACAAGCCAGGCUCCGGAAGUGACAAAGAAAACCCAGCUUUGGCACCACCCUUGAACAAGCUGAAGCUGGUACACUCAAAUCUUGAGGACGACCCGGAAGAGAUCAGGAUGGAAUUCAUAAAGUAUUUAAGAAGCAUAAUCAACUCAGUGUCCGAGAGCAGAGACCGGGAAGAGAUGUCCAUUAUUACCUGACCGGCCUCCAUCUGGAAGCUUCCACAUCCCAAAUGAAGUUAAUGUCAGUGCAGAGCCUGAAGUCCAUCCACCUAAGAAGGUUCUCAUUGCCCUUUGGCUGUAGAAGGCAUUUUCUUUAUUUGCCCCAAAGACCAGUCAGCCAGGGAAUUGACUCCGUACUAUCUGUUCUCCAUCCUUAGUUCAGCUGAGAAAAUCCUGUUGUUGAAUUCUGAUUCCUUUGCCCCAGAUCUCUCCAAAGAGCUGAAAAACCAAGGUGGUUUCUUUUUUUUUUUUUUUGCCUCCUUCCAUAUGUCACAUCAUUAAAGUUGUGGAAUUGUACCUGUCAUA